UAUCAUCCGCAUCUCAAUUUGCUGCAAUGUUUUCCCUGGAAGCCAGUGAUAAGCAUGAAUUGUUGAUUAAAAGGCAGCAUUACAAUCCCGAUUUAUUUACAAACUAUUCGGAUAAUUUGUUGACUUUCACCCCCAUAUUUCGUGAAGAGGAGGUUUUGGUUGAAUGUCAACAAGUAUUGCUGGGGAAAUUGGAGGCAACUAAAUAUUUAGUAUGUGUCAACUCAUAAGCACAACGAUGUUCCACGUGUUAAUUCAAGCGCCAGCAGGAUCGAUAGAGUGUGGCGAUAAUGCCUAUUGUCAGUUGGUAAAACAUAUUAAUCAGCCUUUUUUCCGACUCCUCCCAACAGUUGCUGAAAAACUCCACUGUCAAGACUUCGGAUAUGAUGGUGAAAUAGGACCCAGUCACUGGGGCGAGCAGUACAACACGUGCUUCGGGAAACACCAGAGCCCCAUCAAUAUUGAUUCCUUGGACGUGCUGCCGGUCAAUUUGCCACCACUCGAGUUUAUUGGCUUCGAUCAGCAACCGGCGCGAACCAACCUCACAAACAAUGGUCACACGGUGAUGCUGGAAGUGGACACUGAUCCUCAGAUCGCGAUUUCGGGCGGUCCCUUGUCAGGCGAUUACGUCUUCUCGCAGCUGCACUUUCACUGGGGCGACAACGACACGAUGGGCAGUGAGGACAUGAUUGACAGCCACAGCUUCGCCAUGGAGCUUCAUCUUGUCUUCUACAAGUUGACAUAUCGCAAUUCCCGAGCAGCUUUGGAACACGAGGACGGCCUGGCCGUGCUGGCGUUCUUCUUCGAAGUUACUGCCGACGACAAUCCCGCCUAUGAUGACUUCACAAAACUCCUGGAUCUGAUCCAAAAGCCACAAACGGGCGUGCCUUUCGACACGCUGACAAAUGUGCGACAACUCAUAGGGCACGAUGUUACGAACUAUUUCACGUACAACGGUUCACUCACGACGCCGCCGUGCAGCGAAGUUGUCGUUUGGAUUGACUUUAAGGAACCAAUCACUCUCUCUCACAAUCAAAUAGAGAAAUUUCGCGCUCUUGAGGACGCGCAUGGACACAAAAUGACCCACAACUUCCGCCCCACGCAACCGCUGGGCGAUCGCGUGGUACUCUUCAAUACCGAAGAGGUAAUUGAGAACAAUCUGAACAGGAAGUGGCCGCCGUACGACGUCAUCGACGAGGAAGAGCACAUAGCCAAGCCGACAGAGUAUGAACCAGAGCAAGAUAUUCCCGAUGAGGAAUUCACGGAACCCAGCAACACGCUUGUGGAACAUGUAGAAUCGCCACAUGAGAAGAAGAAAGGCUUCAAGCGAAUAUUCAAAAAGAGCGCAGCAUGGAAACAGUACAAUAGCAAUUCGUGCCUAGCAAUUGCCAUAUUCCUUCUCCACCUUGUCGUCUCAUCAUCGGCGCGUGUGUAAAUUUAGAGAGUGUGAAAAGUGUCGUAAAAUCGUAAGUUCUUUUUUACUCCAUAUAGAAUUGUUACUUAAAUAAAUCUAAGGAGAAAUCGUGGUCUAUUUUUGGCAUCAAUCUAUGACUUGACCUUAGAAUGAACUAUUUAUUGAUUUAUUGCAAAUACAUAAGUCUAAUCGUGUACAGCGAAGUCAUAUAUGGAGAAAAAGUGGGAAUUAUUGUUCUAAAAUAAUUGUCAAUUGAAUUAUUCUAUCACGAAAUCAAAUCCAUGCAAUAUAGAUCACCUUAUUGCAGUCUUCUUCGUAUGUUAAUUAUUGUGCUUCAUGAGAAUUCACAGGUGAAAAGUGCAAAAAAUCAAUGUUUCUUCAUUGUGUGAGACUGAAUAAAUAUCAUUUGUCCUCUUACCUCUUCG